GCGCGAGGGCUUCUGGGAGUUGUAGUUUAACAUAUUCAAACAACCAGGAAUUCUGGAGAGGAAAAAUUGGGUAAUAAAUUUUAUCAGAUUGUUUGGGUUGUCCUGAUAUGGAUCUUAUGAGAUUUUUUUUUCUCAGGCCCAGGACCGCCGUACCUCUGUGGUUCAAAACACCCAAAGCCGAGAUUCAGAGGUACUACAAAUCCCAUAAAGUGUUGCACGUCUAGGGCCUUUGGAGAACGAGGUCGGCCCCGGCGCAGGCGCGGUGGCGGGAGUUGGACCGUGAAAAAAGAAACAUGGCGGCCGCGACGUUUACUUCGAAAUUGUACUCCCUGCUGUUUCGCAGGACCUCCACCUUCGCCCUCACCAUCGUCGUGGGCGUCGUAUUCUUCGAGCGCGCCUUCGAUCAAGGCGCGGACGCGAUCUACGACCACAUCAACGAGGGGGUGAGGGCCUGUGCCAUCCUUGACCUUGGACCUGCCUGAGGGGUGACAGUGGAGUAGAGGUGGGACGGGACUCAGUAACCUUUACCAGGAAAGGGGUAAGGGGUAAACCGUCGGCGUCUUCUGUCUCGAGUCCGCCGUCUGUCCCCUUGGCUUGAUGUGAAUUAUAAAACGUUAAGCGAGGUUAAUAUAUGUCACUUUACAGGGGUUGUAAGUAUCGCUGUGUGCCACCCCACAUACCCACUUGUCCAUUAUCAGAAGCAAAAACUAAAGGCUAGUGAGAGCAAAGGACUUACUACGUGCACAGGAAGCCAGGGGCAAGUCAGGGCCAGAAACGGGACCCCUGUCUCUCAGGGUUUCAAGGGCAGAUUUGAGCAGGCGACGGUCGUGAAAAGGACAU